CUGGAAAAUACUCUAACUAAAAAAAAUCAAUGGCAUUUAAUCAUGAUUAUUUUUUUUUUUCAAAUUGAUUAAUUUGUUAUUUUUUUAUUUAUGAUGUGUGUGUGUUUUUUUAGUUCAUAGUAGUGAUUAUUUUCUCAGUUAUUAGAGUGGAAAUACUGUGAAUAACUGUGUGGGAAUACAAAUAUUUUAAUACAGUAGAUGCUGCUCGAUUGACGACAAACCUACAAACUAUUUUAUGGGAUAUGGUCAAAUUUACUAUCUCAACUUUAUUUAGCAUCCAAUUAAAUAUAAAUGCAUUGUUUUCAGAAUUAAAAUUAAAUUAAAGUGUCAAAUGGAUAAUAAAUCAUCAUUACAAGCUUCUUUAGGAAUUAGAAAUAGAUGGGACAAUAGCAAUAAUAAAACAGUUUAAAACUUUGUUUUUUUGAAACUCUCGUUUGUAAUGACUUUCCACUCUGUUGUUCUCAUUUGCCCUCUUUCCAAAGUCGUCUGCCCUUUCUUGCCACCCCUUAGAAAAUGAACCAUCUCCACCAUUGGGUGAGUUUUAACAAAAAUGACCAUCUGUCUCCCUCUAGUGGCCUAAAAACGCACGUGCAUAAAUAAACGUCAAACUUCAAACUGAGUUUUCCAGGAUUGGUGAUAAAAUCCGGUUUCAGAAAGAGAGUUAGAAGAAAAGUGUGUAUGGAAACAGUUGUGAUAACCACAGUGAGUUUCUAAACAGAGACUUUGAGUGUGAAGGACGCUGUCACGCCUCAAGCUGCCAUCUGAUCCGCGUGCCGAGCCCCUGCAGGAAUGUCCGCCGUCAUCUGGAGCCCGGGUCCCGGUAAGCGACACCCCUUUCCCCUCGGUGCCGUCCAACUGAACCCCAACACGUCAACUUUAGCCGUCUGGGGGUCUUCGCUCUCCGCUUAAAUUCAGCCUGAGCCCUUAGAGCAGGAUUAGCGGGGAAAAGGAGGCUUUUCUGCGGGACGCCAUGCGCUCCUUGGCCGGACUGGCUGCCAUCGUGGCGGCGGCGAGCGUCUACCUGUACGUGCUGUCCACGCACCUUCCACCGGGACCCAAGCAGCUGCCGGCGGCCGGAGAGGGAGAGGACGCGCCCGAGCUGGAGCUCAGGCUGAAGUUCCCGUCAGACUUGGAGUCUCUACGGGAGCUUGCAGACAUGCUCAAGUUCUAUAAAAGAGAAAACUAUGGCUACGUUCUGCUGCUGUUCUGCAGUGCUUACCUAUAUAAGCAGUCCUUCGCCAUACCUGGCUCCUCCUUCCUGAACAUGCUAGCUGGGGCGAUCUUCGGGCCCUGGGAGGGUCUGGUGUUGGCCUGCCUGCUCGCCACUUCCGGCUCAACGUUCUGCUUCCUCCUGUCCUCGGUGUUUGGGAAGCAGUAUGUGGUCCACUUGUUUCCAGAAAAGGUCGCCCUGCUGCAGAGGAAGGUGGAAGACAAUCGUAGCAGCUUGUUUUUCUUCCUCCUUUUCCUUCGUUUCUUCCCCAUGACUCCUAACUGGUUCCUUAACAUCACCUGUCCUGUCCUCAACAUCCCCAUCUCCAUUUUCUUCUUCUCUGUGUUGAUAGGUUUGAUCCCCUACAACUUCAUCUGUGUUCGCACGGGCUCGAUCCUGGCCCAGAUCUCCUCUCUGGAUGACAUCUUCUCCUGGGGGACGCUGGCUCAGCUCCUGGCCAUCGCCCUGGUGGCCCUUGUCCCCGGAGCGCUGAUUAAACACUACAGCAAAACUCGCCUGAAGGUAGACGGCCUGGACAGCAAUGGAAGCGGUCAGGGGGAAAUGGACCGCAAGAGACGAUAGCUUUGGGCUGAGAGAGUUGGAACUUUUUACAACAAAACUCCACGUCUCUGGACCUCAUACCCAAGCUGCCGUGUGAUUUCUGUGAGGAAGAGACUCCUCCUCCUCGCCUUAACUCAUGUCCUGAUCAGAGCGUCUUAAACAAGUUCUACAAUUGUCUAAAGACAUUUGAUUCAUAAAGCUUUUCUACAGAUCCACUUUUUACAGUUUUCUGACUCUAAAUUUAAAAAUGUAAAAAUAAAAAUUUUAUCAUUCUAAAUAUUUUUCCUGAAAGAACAUUUUACUACAUCCUAAAGACAUUUUGUAUUUUAAUUUUAUGUGAAAAGCAAUUAAAUUGCAUUUUUUAGCCUCAUUCAUUCACACCUUUACCAAUGAAAAAUGUAUUUUUAGAUUUUAUGACAGUACACUGAAUGUUACUUUAAAAAUAAAAAUUUUAAAAUAUUGUUUUCUUGAAUUAUUAAUACAGAUCUUAUGCUUAGGAAUUAUUAACUAACUAACAUGAUAAAUAAAUCCUAUUUUUUAUAACUAAGACACAAUACAAUCUUAAAAAGAUUUCUACACAUUAUGUGUUACUAAUUCACAAUGAACUGUUUAAUAUAAUACUCUGCUUAAUUUAGGAUCACCCUGAACGGAAAGAAUACUAACGAAUACUUUUUCACAUUUGUAAAUGAUUUUUGGCCAAAGUACAAAGACUGAAUGUGCAGUUUAGUUUUUUAUAAACCAGAUCUCCCUCCAAAAGUACUAUUGUUAACCUUUAGGGUGAUUUUUCUACCUUUGUCAUCUAAUUUGAAGUAACUUGUUUACUGUGUUGACAGAACUACUUAAGACUUGGUGCUUCUGUUGCUAACUGAAGUUGUUUCUGAUGAUUUCAUCGGUGCUGCUGACUGAAACAGUGUCUUAGUUUGGAGUUGAAUCUCCUUUAAAUGUAACGUAUGUUGUUGUUGUGCUUCAACAUUUUUUAUUAUUUAAAAAGACAUUUUCAUGUCAAUUGAAUUAAAGGUACAUAAAUCAUAAA